ACCCGGGUCUUAUUAAUGGGGGGAUUUACUAGCCUUCUGCCUGGGGCUGAAGUGGAGGAGAGGCUCGUCUCAGAGUGGACCCCCACGACCACAGUCCGAUUUAUGGAAUCCGCUACUGGGACGCGUGUUGACCAGUGUCCUGGCGAGUGGCAGCGGAGCCUUGUGGAAGGGAUGCGUGUUGCCAGUGCCUGGCCUUGUAAAAGGCUCCUGUGCCCCAUCCACUCUGAAGUCCUAGAGAGUUAUUUUCAUCACAAAAUGGAGUUGACUACAGAGUACUAGGGGAAGAGUACUAUCGCUGAAUUUUCAUUCCCUUGCCCAGUGUGGGAGAAAACUUGUGGCUUCUCUCCCUUGGCAUGAAGUGCAUAGUUACUGGGGGCAAUGUGAAAGCCCUGGGGAAAGCGGUGCACACGCUGUCCCGUAUUGGGGAUGAAAUCUACAUUGAGCCACUUCAGGAAGGGUUGUCCUUGCGUGCAAUAAAUGCGUCGCGUUCGGCCUAUGCCUGCUUCCUUUUUGCCCCGCUCUUCUUCCAGCACUACCAAGCGGGAGAAGCAGGCGCUGAUGCAGACACAAGUGCUUUCCGAUGCAAAGUGCUCAUGAAGUCUUUUCUGGCUGUGUUCCGCUCACUGCCCUCCCUAGAGAAGACUGUGGAGAAAUGUCUCAUCUCUCUGAGUUCCCGUGCUUGCCGCUUCCGUGUUCAGCUGCACUGCAAGUAUGGUGUUGUCAAGACCCAUGAGUUGUCAUUCCAGGAGUGCGAAUCAUUGCAGGCUGUUUUUGACACAGAAGAGUAUGCCCACGCUCUGCGUGCCCCUCCCAGGCUCUUAGCAGAUGCUGUAGUGCAUUUCCCAGCGACACUGGCAGAAGUGACCCUGGCUGUUAGCCCCAAUGGGAAGGUGAGCUUCCGCAGCUACCUGGAAGAGGAGACAGAGCCUAGCCGGAUGAUGGUGACAGAGCUGUGUCUGAGCGAGGAUGAAUUCCAGGCCUUCCAGGUCAAGGAAGAGACGCAAGUCACAUUCUGCCUCAAGGAAUUCCGGGGUCUUCUGAGCUUUGCUGAGUCCUCAAAUCUUCCCCUUAAUAUCCACUUUGACAUCCCAGGCAGGCCAGCCGUCUUCACUGUGGAAGAUCCUGUGCUGGAAGUCCAGCUGGUCCUGGCCACACUAUCAGAGCCGGAAAACAGCAGUUCCCAAAUGAACAACUGCCCCAAGCCCCCGGCUCCUGCCUGUGACUUUACCAGCGACGACAUUGAUGCUUACAUGAUCGCGAUGGAAACCACGUGCGAUGGCCCGGACAGGCCUCCCAGCCCCACCUUCCCCAGGUGCAGCAACUUGGACGCAAGGGAGUUGGACAGCGGCCACCAGGGUUCUGUCUCUGGCACACCGCCACAAAAAAGGUUCCGUUCUUUAUUCUUUGGAUCAGUUCUAAGCCAGUCACAGUCCCUAGUUUGUUGCAGCCAGGAAGUGCUGGCAGAAGACAGCGAGGGAGAUUCAUGACGUGCACCCGCCUGUAUCAGCACGUGGCGCAUCUCUGCUCCUACCACGGGCAAGGAGAGAUUUCAGCCAGUUUCAUUUUAUUCGGAUAGGCUCUCUCCCACCCUGCUCCAGUAUGGUCUCUUCUUAUUUCCUACUCAGGCAAAGACUUUUCUUUAUCAGCACUCAUUUAAGUAAACUAAGCAGCUUUUGUAUCAUGGAGAAAAAAACAUUCUGGAGACACUUUGCAGAAAGGACCUAAGACCUUCCGGACCGAGACAUUUCACUUGUCGUCUCUUCCCAAAGAUAAGGCUGAGGGUGGAACACUCUUGCAGCAGGUUUCUGGCAAAGAGGGAGACCUGAAGUGCCAAUGUCCUAAUAAAUCUGUUUUUAGAUAUUUGA